GAUGAAAACACAAAACUCAUGGACGUAAAUGCUAGAUAUGGUGGAAGUGCUUACGAUAGUUUUGUAUGGCGCCAAAAUGAAGAGAGAGCGACAUUGGAAAGAAAUUAUUUAUCAGAAGGGAGAUCAUCAUGGCUGCUAGGAGACAGUGGCUAUCCCCUGGAGCCUUUCCUACUGACUCCUUAUAGAAAUGCCAGUGAGGAUUCUCGUGAACUCAACUUCAACUUUAUUCAUUCUCAGGCAAGAAGUAUCGUAGAACGAUGCAUCGGUCGCUUAAAAAGUCGAUGGCGUAUAAUUUUGGAAGAAAGAAAGUUAAGAUACAAGCCGAUAAGAGUAGUGGAAGUGAUUAAUGUAUGUGCUGCAUUGCACAACAUAUGCUGCACUCGCAAUGUGCCACAUCCUAAACCAGAACGUAAUAUUCCUCAAAACCAUGGGCUUCAAGUACCUGCAGCUGGAGAUAACUCUUGGAGUACAGCAGCCAAAAGAAUCCGUGAUGGUAUUAGGGAUGAUUUGUAUGCGAACAAUUAGUCCAAUGCAAAUUUUGCUAAGCGAAAUCAAUAAAAAAAAAAACAAUCUCAAGAAAAUAUUUUCUUUUCAAUAGCUUAUUAUUUAAAAAAAAAAAACACAAAAACAUAACAUAAAGAACUUCAUGAAUACACAAAAUAACAGAAA